AGUUUUGUGUGGAUUUCUGUUGAGUCCUAGCAUACACGGGGAAACAUGUUUCUUCAAAAAUUGCCAGGAAGCAUUAUCGGGAAACAGAUUUCAAACUACUGCACGCUCCAAAACUGGUGGAAAGCCUUAUGUCGCACGUAAAAUUGCACUCAAACUUUGUAAAAAGAAGUCUAAAGCAGAGGAACACAAUAGAAUUUAGAACUCGCAGGAAGCAUACCAGUGUGCGUGAUGACAGACUAACGUGUGCGUCUGUAGCGGAGGGAGGAGCACUUGGAGAAUAGGAACGUACAGAGACGAUAAAGAGCUGUCGAGGCAGUGUUGUUAUUUUUAUAACAUAAGGGAUUUAUACUUGUAAGCAGAAGGUAUACAACCACGCGAUCAUACAUUGGAAUUAUAGUGAUAUUUUCAGAUUACUAAAAACAAAAAAGAGAAAAGUAAAACAAACGAUCUGACUCCCUGCUUUCCUGACUGCACUGCAGAGCACAGCUUUUUCUAUAAUGGAGUUUCCUGACCUGGGGGAGCACUGCACUGAGAGAACCUGCAAGCGCUUGGAUUUUCUUCCAAUGAAAUGUGAUGCCUGUGGAGACAUUUUCUGUAAAGAUCACAUCACCUACGCAAACCACAAAUGCACAUCUGCCUACAAAAAGGAUGUUCAAGUUCCUGUCUGCCCACUUUGUAACACCCCAAUCCCCAUCAAGAGAGGAGAAAUGCCAGACAUCAAGGUUGGGGAACACAUUGAUGGGGACUGUAAAUCUGACCCAGCUCAGAGGAAAAGGAAGAUUUUUACAAAUAAAUGUUCAAAAGGGGGGUGUAAGCAGAAAGAGAUGAUAAAGGUGACAUGUGACCAGUGUCACUUGAACUUCUGCCUAAAACACAGGCACCCUUUAGAUCAUGAAUGCAAAGCCGAUGGACAUCCUGUCUCUAAAUCUGGUCAUGCUGCUUUAAUGCGAUCCCAUGGCUCUACCUCAUCAGCUGCUGCUUCUUCUAGUAAAGGAACUUCCAGAUCUGUACCGAAUGGACUAAGUGGGAAUGCACGAUCACAACCAAGCAGCACAUGCAGGCAGAGUGCGACCGUGGUGCCACCACCACAUCAGCAGCAGCAGAGAGUAAUUCCUCCCUCUGCAUCUCUACAGGCAGGAAUGACUGAGGAGCAGGCUUUGCAGAGAGCUCUGGAGAUGUCUUUAGCAGAAUCUGCAAGAAGCAUACAGCAGCCGCUCAGUCCUCAGGAACAAGAGGAUCUUGCACUGGCCCAGGCACUAGCUGCCAGUGAAGAGGAGUUCAGCAGACAGCAGCAGAGACCACAGAGCCGGGAACCCAAACAGUCUAACUGCAGUGUGUCUUAAUGCCACAAUUUUUUGUAAAGCUGCCUCAUGUACUGUAUUAUACCAUGUACCAAUCAUGUCUUCACUUUAAAAAAGACAAAUGCAGGAAAUUAUUAUUAUUAUGAUUAUUAUAUUUUUUUUUU